AGGAAUCAUAUGGGCCAGGCUUGACGUUUCAGCUCAUUCAAUAUUCUUCUUAAAUUAAAGUUCGUUCGUUACGAAAAACCUUCGACUCAGAUCAGAUAUCUCACCAAAUUGUUGGCGCUGCACAGUGAUGUCUUCCCUGAAGACCGGUGGUCCUGUCUAAUUGGAAUCAACCAAAUUGUCAGGCGACAUCUCGGUCGCCUGAGAUACACAAAACUAAAACAGAUUUCUAAGCAAAUACAUAACAAAAUGAUGCCGCCGCAGCUAAUGUCCCAAACGGGAAACGGCGGCGAGAUGGAAGGGAGUCGAUUGGAGUGCAAGGAGUUGGAUCCGCUGCGGCUGACCACGCUGAUCCUGAGUGCGGAUCCGCGGUACCGCAUCAAACCCAUGCAGCAGGUCAUGUCUGCCCUCGUCGGUGGCCUCAUCACAACGUUUGUGGUGACGCCCUUGGAAGUUGUGAAAACGCGCGUCCAGACACAGCACGCGAUCCGCCAGCGACCGACUGUUUCCAAGCUAUGCUACGUCUACCACAACGGCCUGAUGACCCACGUGUGCCGCUCCAGCGACAUCUGCAUACCGAAACCAGGCCGGGAUCCGCGAAACCUUCGGCCCCUACGCGGCGCCAUGGAUGCCUUUGUCAAGAUCAUCUGCACCAGUGGCUUCAGCGGCUUGUGGGCGGGCCUUAGUCCCACGUUAGUUUCGGCCCUGCCCUCCACGAUUAUCUAUUUUCUGACAUACGAGUAUAUCAAGAAUUCCCUGUCCCACCUCUACAUGGUCCCGCAGAAGUUUGAGGAAUCCGACAUGGCGGACCAAGUGCCGGGAGCCGACGGAGGGGAUCCCCUGGACCAGGCCACCAGGGGAAUAAAUGUGAGCGCCACCGCGCCGGUAACCACCACAUCGCUGCCGUACUACGUGCCCAUGGCCUCGGGCAUUUGCUCGCGCACCAUUGUGGUCACGGCCAUCACGCCCAUCGAGAUGGUGCGCAUCAAGAUGCAGUCGGAGUACAUGACCUACUCCGAGCUGUGGCGCGUGCUGCGCUCGUUAAUCCGCCAGCACGGUAUCCUGGGUCUAUGGCGGGGCUGGCCGCCCACCGUGAUGCGGGACGCACCAUUCUCGGGAACCUACUGGGCGGUCUACGAGGCGAUUAAGCGGGCCUUUAGCGUCACGGAGCCCACAUUCCUCUUUAGCUUCCUCACGGGCGCCAUCUCCGGAGCGGUGGCUACCUUUGUGACCAUGCCCUUUGACCUGAUCACCACACACACGCAGAUUGAGCUGGGUCAGGACGUGCUGUACGAGGAGGUGGGAGCGGGAACAGGUGCAGCUGCAGAAGCCGGUGCCGGAGCACGACCAAAGACGCCACCCAGUGCCGUCUCCAAAUCCAAGCCGUCGGUGCUCUCACGAAUGCGCCAAAUCUACAGGCUGCAGGGAGUGCGGGGCCUCUACGUUGGGGUAAUGCCGCGCAUGCUCCGUGUGGUUCCCGCCUGCGCCAUCAUGAUCUCCACCUUCGAGUACAGCAAGUCGUUCUUCUUCCACUACAACCUGGAUCUCCAGGAGGCAGCUUACCGGGGCUCCCAUUGAAGCAACCGCCAAUCGCGUGGAAGAGCAAGUGCAUCUGCCAUGGCUGCUAAGAGGGAGGCCUGCGGCCAAUUU